AUGGGCUACGGGUCGACAUCCGACAGCAAGACUAGUGCCCGGGACGGCGGCAACGAGCACGAUGGCUCCGGUCCGUCUUCACAUCCUGCGGGAGGUCCCACCCCGCCGAUCUCGCCUCCCGCCGGAGAAGAAGGACCCGACGAUGCGGACCAUCAGAAGCAUGGUGCCAUUCGGCAGCGACUACGAGGCUUCUAUGAGAGAAACUUCGGACUCGUGCUCGUCUUUUUAGCUCAAACAUUUGGAUCUAUCAUGAGCACGGCUGCAAAACUACUGACGUCCAGCGAGUCGUCUCCCAAAUUCCAUGCCUUGGAAAUUAUAUUUGUCCGCAUGCUCGCAACUGCCAUCCUCGGCUCGUUGUACAUGUGGUUCAAGAAGGUCCCCGACUUCCCCCUCGGACAGCGCAGUGUCAGGGGCCUCCUCGUACUCCGUGGCACAGCUGGUUUCAUUGGGCUCUUCGGCCUGUACUGCAAGUACUCGCUGUCCUAUCUGGAGAUAUCAGAUGCCACCGCUAUCAGCUUUCUUGUUCCGACAUGGACGGCCAUUGUCUGCUUUGUCUGGUUGAAGGAGCCAUAUAGGUUGCAAGAAGCCAUGUCCGGCCUCCUCGCUCUCGUAGGGGUGCUGUUCAUCGCUCGACCAGCUUUCCUCUUUGGAGACAAGGUAGUUGACCCGAUCUCCGGUGAUCCCGUGUACAAUAACCAGACCGUGACUGCUCUCAUCGUGAAUCGUCCUCCUGGCAUGGUACACCCAGACUCGCCUUCUCCCGCCGAGCGAGCUGUGGCUAUUGUAUGUGCCAUUAUUGGCACGUUUGCGGCGGCUACGGCAUACGGCACGAUACGUAUCAUCGGGAAAAGGGCACACUCGUUGGUCAGCGUCAACUACUUCGCUGUAUUGGCCACGAUCGGCUCGGCCCUGAUCAUCUUGAUCCACCCGGAUCUGCACUUCGUGCUGCCACGAGGCGCCCUUCAAUGGACCUUACUCGUCAUCAUUGGAGUCGCGGGGUUCCUGCUGCAGUUUCUUCUGACGGAAGGGCUGCAGAGAGAGAAAGGCGGGAGAGCAACGAAUGUGACCUAUCUGCAAAUGGUGUUUGCACUAAUCAUUGAGCGAGUGAUCUGGGGAACGACCCCUCCGGUAGUCAGCCUUCUCGGGAGCGCCUUGAUCAUCGGAGCCGCAAUCUGGUUGAGUCUACAGAAGAGCAAACCCGCGGACGCGCAGAAAAGGACUGCACUGGUUGACGAGGAGAGCAGCCUACUGGGCCCAGGAAGAAGGCAGAGCGAUAGCUAA